AGAAAGAGGCACGGCGGAGCCGGGGGCUGCCGCCCGCCUGGGAGCUGCGUGGGGGCGGGCGGGCUAAGCCGCCUCUGCCGUUCGCUCACUCGGCGACCCCGCAUCAGCCCUGCCGGCAGCAGGGUGGGGACGUCGUUCUGUAGCUCCCGAGCGUUCUCCUGCCGGCGGGCUCCCCUCGCCCCCCUGCCUUCUCCACUAAGACCUCGCCGCCGCCUUUGCGGCCGCUCUGGCAGUCCGGGAUCACCUCUCCCAGCCCGGCCCGGUCGCAGGCGGCUGCCUCUGCCCCUCUCACCGCCGCUGCGGGGGUGGCCUGAAGGCGAGGCCGCGGGGGGGACAGGCGGGGACGCCGGGGGUCACAGCCAACUGUUGCUUGGGAAAGCGCCGGCCCAGACCCCUUCAGCCCCUGUAACAGCGGGGCGGUGAGCGCCGGGAGAGCUCUCCUCGGCUACCGGCUGCGUUUGGAAAGGCAAAGGUUGCGGUGCGAGCCCCUGCGGAGAUUCUCCCGUUGGCCUUACCCCAGGCGGGAGAGACGCUGUUCUCGGGCAUAGGCCCUGCAGGGUGCGAACCUCUGGGGUUUCGUUGCCGGCUGAUGGAUGCCGGAGCCGCCGCGGCUGCGGGGGAGGGCAGCCGUGGUGCGGGGACCUGUCUGCCUGCACCCGGGCCCAGGGCAGCCUGGUUUAACCCGAACACUGGCCGAGGAGAUCAGCCAAACACCGCGUCUGGUGCCUUACUGGAAUUGCACCUUCUGUCUAAGUCUUGAGAAGGCUCUGGAUCAUAUUCAGCAAGACGGACGUUGAAUGUUUAGCAUCACUUCUUUGGAUUUUUGAAUGUGAAUUGGAACCGCUGUAUUUCUAGGUUUGCUGGGAUGGGUAAUCUUCUUAAGGUCCUUACCAGGGAAAUUGAAAACUAUCCACAUUUUUUCCUGGAUUUUGAAAAUGCACAGCCCACAGAUGGAGAAAGAGAGGUAUGGAAUCAGAUCAGUGCAGUUUUACAGGACUCAGAAAGUAUGCUUGCAGACCUUCAGGCUUACAAAGGAGCUGGACAAGAAAUUAGAGAUGCAAUACAAAACCCCAAUGAUAUCCAGUUGCAAGAAAAAGCUUGGAAUUCAGUAUGUCCACUGGUUGUAAGGCUGAAACGCUUUUACGAGUUUUCACUCAGAUUAGAGAAAGCCCUGCAGAGCUUGUUGGAGUCCUUGACCUGCCCACCUUACACUCCAACUCAGCACCUGGAACGGGAACAGGCUCUAGCCAAAGAGUUUGCAGAAAUCUUACAUUUUACUCUUCGUUUUGAUGAACUUAAGAUGAGAAACCCAGCAAUUCAGAAUGACUUCAGUUAUUAUAGGAGGACAAUAAGUCGCAACAGAAUAAACAACAUGCAUCUAGACAUUGAGAAUGAAGUAAACAAUGAAAUGGCCAAUAGGAUGUCCCUGUUUUAUGCAGAAGCCACACCAAUGCUGAAGACACUCAGUAAUGCAACCACGCAUUUUGUGUCAGAAAACAAAACAUUGCCAAUUGAAAAUACAACGGACUGUCUAAGUACUAUGGCUAGUGUAUGUAAAGUCAUGUUGGAAACACCAGAGUACAGGAGUAGAUUCACCAGUGAAGAGACCCUUAUGUUCUGCAUGCGAGUAAUGGUGGGAGUUAUUAUUCUGUAUGAUCACGUUCAUCCUGUGGGAGCUUUCUCAAAGACAUCAAAGAUAGAUAUGAAGGGAUGCAUAAAAGUUCUAAAGGAACAACCACCUGACACUGUGGAAGGACUUCUGAAUGCUCUCAGGUUCACUACAAAACACCUGAAUGAUGAAUCUACUUCAAAACAAAUUCGAGCUAUGCUGCAGUAGUAUCCUGAGACAAGUAGAUGUUUGUACUGAUCACAGAAGAUGUGUAUGUUUACAUAAUUUAAUACAGUUUGAUGUUAAUACUUGUGUGUAUUUACAUAACCAUUUCCUUCACCUUGCUAAAAUAUCUGAAUCUGUUCAUAACCUGACUGACUUUAUAUAGUGCAGCCUAAGUUUUUAUUCUGUUCUUUAUCUUUUGACUUGUAAAAGAAUUUUUUACUAAGAUACUUCAGCUACGACAGUUUAUCUGCACAUUUUAAUCCUUAAACACCUUCUCUAUCAGACAGAGAAGACAAAUAAACUGAAAUGUCAAACAUACCAGAGGAAAGGAAUUUUAAGAAGGUUAAAGUUAAUAUAAGAGAAAGUAAAAUGAAUUAGAUAUACUUUAAGAAUACGUGCACAGUUCUUUAGUCAGUUAGUUUUACGCUAUUGUCACACUUGUAUGGAUAGGAGAAUACCUGGAUAUUCAUCACUCUCAUAAAAAUACAUUGUCCUUCUGGUAAUGAGUGGUGAUCCACCUAAUUUUAAGGAUUAUGUGCUGGCAGGCAUCCAGAAGUGUAUUGCAAAGAGGUAAAUUUACCUUUUUUUGUUAAGUAUAACCAGUACCUUUCAACAAAUGAAAAAAUUAGUAUCUUUUUUCAGAUUCAAUAUAAAUAAACAGAAAAUGUGUUUUAAGGCCAUUGCUGAAUUUUGGAGAUUCUGUAUAAUUUUAUUAGUUUAGAAAGGAAAGGGAGAAUACUCCAAUGCCUUGACUUAACUAGAAAGGGGUUGUUAGUGUAAAUACACCAUGAUAAUCAUUAUCUCUCACCCAGCUCUACCUGGUGUUUUUCUUCCUGAUAAAAACUGGUAUAAAGCAGAACAUUCUCUUCUGUAGCAGCAAACUUCCCUAGUGUCAGAUUGACCUCAUCAAACUAGGGAUAAUAUAAAUAAGUUGAGCAGCUGAGCUGUUCUUAGGCACUGCAUCAAGUUCCUUGAUAGUGUUAUUCAUUUGAUGAUUCAGAGUCAACACAGAAAUAUUUAUCAGCUGACUGCUCUUCAUUGGUUUCGGAGAUGUGAUUGAUACUUCAAGGAAUUCCAUUCCUUCUGAGUUGUUUGCUCUUAUUUUCUAGUAACUUUUUCUAGUAAAUUGACUAGAAAUACUUUGCCAAAAGCAGCAAAGUGCCCCAUCUCUGUUUUCAUCUUCUUGGUGGUCUGCAGUUGCUGUACAUAUUCUUGCAGAGGUCACAGUACGAAAUUGUGUUUGAUUUUGUGUACUUUGCUUGCCUGUAUGUGUGACAAUUCCAGUGCCUGUGCACAGAUUCAGGUUUGUAUUUGCUUAUUCCUGUGUAUGUAAAUCAGGGUUUGUGUGCAGUCACUGGAAUUUUCAUGCAUAUCACUUCUAAACACAUUACCUUAAGACUUUGAAGAUGCAUUUGGUCUGCUGAAGCUCAGCUGUGCUGUGACAAAUCCAGUCAUUUAACUGAGUCCUUAAGCAGUCUUACUAUAAAUUCUUUGGAGUAGGAAUUGCCUUAGAGUUUGUUUCUGAGCAGAACUCAGAAACUUACCACUGUAAGGUUUCUCAAGCCUGAUCAAAGCCCAUAGGUGCCAAUGUUCCUCAUGUUGUAAAUACUGGACAGUCAUAGUUCCAGCAUUCCUUUUGCACACCUGCAGCUGUAACAACAGAUCACUGUGUUGUUGUCAGGAAUUAGAAAUCGUGCUAAUUUUUGUCUUUUUUUGCAAGCAGUGAUCACGCUGCUUUUUCACAGUAGUAAAUCCCCUGUUUACAAACUCCAUUUUUAAUGGGGGGUGGGUGGGCAUUUAUAAAUGUAUAUUAGGGGAAAUACUGCUUUGUUUGUGGUCACUUCCAGUAAGGUAAAUCUAGGUGGAUAACAGGUAUUCUGUUGAGCUUUGGUAACUGAAAUUAAUACAUGCUUUACCUGCAAUUAUGUGUCAAACAAUGAAGUCUUAUCUUAAAGUAGCCCAGAGGAAAGCUAUUUGUCACUUGUAUAAUAAAACUGUAAACUUUAAAGAAUUCUGCAAGUUGUCAUGUGCUGUUUGCUGAAGUCACUGAAUUUCUUUGCCUGCUAUGUUUUUGUACAGAAGUUUGUUUGAAAUAAUAAAAAGUUUGGUAC